GCGCUGACAUCAACCAAGCGAUGAACGGCGGCGGCACGCCGCUGCUCGCUGCGUGCCAGAACGGCCAGCUCGAAUGCGUUCGGCUACUCCUCGACGCUGGCGCGGCGAUCGACCAGGCCGAUGAGGCUGGCACCACGCCGCUGUUCGCGGCGUGCCAGAACGGCCACUUCGAGGUCGCCAAGCUCCUCUCCUCCUACGGCGCCUCCCGCGCCGCUACGCCCUUCGGCACGCCCGAGGAGGUUGCAAACCGCCAAGGCCAUGCCGACCUCGCCGCCUGGCUGGUCGCCAGCCGCGGCUGGACGCCGCUCGCGCACCUUGAGACCCUCACUGCCGCCCGCGCCACCUCCCUCCUGCGCAGCGGCGCAAGCUUGCACGAGGGCGAGCCGACGCCGCUGCGGCGCGCCGCGGGCGGCGCGGGCGAGGCGGCGGCGCUGAUCCGGCGGGCGGCGGCGCCGUGGUCGCCGGCAAGCCACUCGCUCUUCCCCGCGCCGGCGCGCGCGCGGGCGGCGCUCCUCGUCCUCUCGAUCUACGAGAUCCACGAGCGGUACCACCUCGACUCGGCAGGAGCCACGAACGGCAUCGCGGCGCUCGACUUUGGCCACUGCGUCUUGGGCUUCGCCAUCACGCGCGAGACGCAGUAGGGGAGUUGCGUGGCUUCGCGCCCUUACGCUCGCGGCCGACGGCGCUGUCUUUGAGGUUGCGCGCACCGUGCUGCUACACGCGGUGGCGAGCGAGGUAGAGCGUAGAGUGCGAGGACGCACGACGGGACACAUACUACCGCGCGGCUCCGUCGAG